AUGAUGUUCUCCCGACCGAUUCCGGCCACGGCGGCCAAUCUCAUUGAGACUAGCCAACUGCGCAGGAGAUAUUAUAGUGCACAAGUGUACGCGCAGACACAACGUACACUCUCUAUUCCUGUCACUCUCAUACUCCGGUGGGACGACCACUCGACACGACCGGUGAGAGUGUCGGCGCAGGACCGACGGCUUUACGUGCUCUCCGAGGCACGGGGG